GGAUCUAAUCAACAAUUUUUUUUUGAAUCGGGACGUGUUUUGGAGAUUCUUUAUGUUGCGGUUUCUGAUCGCCACAUAAGAAAAGCAUCUUCGUGAGAGAGAUAGUUUUGUACUUGAUCUUGAUGUGUCAGCUUUGUAAUUUUGUUAUGUAAAGGCUUCAGAUUUCUGGAGAGCAUUUAAUGAAUGGUGCUGUUUCUUCGAAUAUUCUUUAGUCAGUCAUUUCAAGAUCCUUUCACCAUCCUACUUGAUGACAACGAUUUAAGUAUUUAAAAAAAAAGCAAAUAAUCUUCCAGAAAACAAUAGAAAAUAAGAACAGAUUGUCUGAAAAAGACGCUCUUUACCCCUAUCUCUGGUUUCUCUAAAUAACUCUAGAUCUUAAAACGCACCGUUUUUGUGUGUCACAUGUAUAUAUACUAAGCGUAAUCUAAUAUGUGGUAUAUCCCCUAUAAAAGGAAGCGUGAAAAAGAUAGAACCCUAAUUUAUUUCGCCAUCUGUUUCAAACAAUGACUACGAUCUCUCAUCUUUCCAGAGACUUGAUCGGGGAGAUACUCUCGAAAGUUCCGAUUACUUGUGUUGGAAAAUUAAGAUGCACUUGCAAAAGAUGGAAUGCUUCAACGAGAGACAGGCUAGUUGGAAAAGCAGGAGCUAAGCAGUCUAUGGGGUUCAUGAUGAUGGAUUAUAAGGUUUGUUCAGCGAGAAUCAAUCUCAACGGAAUACUCAAGGACGAGGAAGGCUCUGUUGUUGGUCCAAUAUCUAUAAAACCUAUUGAUAAUCUCAAUGAAAUCGAGAUAUCUAAAGUGUUUCACUGCGACGGCUUGUUGUUAUGCGCGACCAAAGACAGGACGAGGCUAUUGGUUUGGAACCCGUAUCUAGGACAAACCAAGUGGAUCAAGCCCAAAAAAGCUUACCACAGGCUGGACAGUUAUGCUCUCGGAUACGAUAAAAACAAGAAAUCCUACAAAAUAUUGAGGUUUGUGGAUGAUCAGCACUUGCCCACAUACCUUUUUGAGUUCGAAAUCUACGAUAUGAACUCUAACUUGUGGAGGGCUCUUGAUGUCACUCCCGACUGGGAUAUCGAGUAUUUUCGACCCGGCUUGACAGUGAAGGGAAACACUUACUUUUUCGCUAAACAAAAAGUAAUAUUUGAAGAAGACGCAGAUGAAGCAGACGGAGAUGUGGAUGAUUUCUUGGUCUCUUUUGAUUUUACAAAAGAGAGAUUUGGACCACAUCUACACGUGCCGUUUCACUCUCAUCUCCCCGAAGACACCGUGGCUCUAUCCAGUGUCGGAGAGAAUAAUCUUGCAGCCUUAUAUCAGUCCGAGGAUAUAAAUGCAAUGGAGAUAUGGGUUACAACUAAGAUUGAGCCCCAUACGGUGUCAUGGAGCAAGUUGUACUUCUUAGCAGUUAAUACUAUGAUCCCUCUCAUUGGUGCAAGUUUCUUCAUUGACAAGGAAAAGAAACUCGCAGUGGUUUUCGCUGUAGAUAUACAUGGUCGCCACAAAAGAGCUUGCAUCAUUGGAGAGGGUGGGUAUUUUAAACAAGUGGAUCUCGCAGAAGUUGCUGUGAAUUCUGAUGACGAAGAUCCCUACUGUUUCCCAGUCUGCUCUUACGUCCCAAGUUUAGUUCACAUCAACCAAGGCCUAGUUCUAUCGGGAAAAAGGAAAGAACGUUGAGUUCAUUUUUAUAAUUAAGUGCCGUGUUUGUUUCCGCAUAUCAUCUUCUCUUUGUUUUCUUUUGCCUUUUAUCAUUUUCUUCGAACUAGACCUUGGUCAAAUUACUUAUAUUUAUUUUGUUUCUAUUUUCAUUUACUACUGGUAUUGAAGUCUUGACCAAGUAUUUAUUGAUCACAAAACAAACAUGCUUUUGCACAACCCGUUCUUGGCGAUUUUAUGUAUCGCAUCACAUGUUGCAGCCAAAUCUUGAUUUACCUUUUGCGAACAAGACAAGACCAACUGAAAGAUGGAGCUUGCCAAAUUACCAACUACUCCGACCAAGGCUAAACACGACUAGAAUUAAUGCACCAAUAACAGAAUACACAAGCAACCUAAAACACCACAUAUGAUUAUCAUGUAUUGGUCAAAGUUGAUGAAUCUGGAGAUGAUGGAAAAUGGGUUUCGAAAACUCACCAAACCUUUAAUUGGACGAGAGAGUCAGCUUCUACGACGCUGGGGCUUUAAAACGCAUAUACAUAUGUCACAUUAAGGGUGAGAUAUGGAAGUUUAGAGUUGUUCGAGAUUAUUCCAACGAUUUUUAGAGAUAUAUAUUGCUAAAAACAUUUUGCUCAAAAAAAAAAAAAUAUAUUGCUAAAAACAAAUUUCCAUGCUUUUGCACUUUAGUCCAUGUACUUCGUCUAUUUACAAAUUUAACUUCUAUCUUUUGAACUGUUCACAAACUUUCUUGAAAUUCAAGAAUUUAAAACUUUCAGAUAGAUCAUUUUAAUCAAAAAUUGGAUUCUACUUAUUCUUGUAAUUUCGGGUGUUACAAGAAGUCUACUAAACCAUAACGCACUAAUUAUUUUUUUAUGUACUAAUUAGAGAAGUCAGCUAUACAAACUGAUAAAUUUGGUAAGAUUUAGUAUUUCACCUAUUGUGUUUAUGUUUUUGUAUGCUAAAUUCAAAUAAAGUUAUAGAUUAUAAGAUUUAUUUUUUAGCUUAAAGUUG